CUUCUGCAGAUAUCAAUAACAUUACAGAGCUGGAUCCUACUCAUCUUGAGAGUUUUUACCCUCAGUCAAAUUUUAAUUUUAGCAAAAUGAUGGAAGAAAUGGAGGAAGAAUACCGGCAAAUUCGCAAGCAACUGCAAAGAGGGUUUAAUCCUACAAUGAGAAGUGAAGCCAAAAGGUUAAAAACUUUCCUCCUCCUGCCUAGUGGUUGUAAAUCAUCCUGGGCGCCCUCAGAAAUGGCUGCAGCUGGCUUCCAUUGGACUAGUGUUAAGACUGCAAUACAGUGUUUUUGCUGUGGAUUAGUUUUGCUUGCACGAAGUCUUGAAAGGUCACCUUUUGAGGAACAUAAAAAGCAAUGGUCCAGUUGCGAAUUUAUUUUAGGCAAAGAGGUUGGUAACAUCUCUAAAUAUGACACUCGAGUACAGAAUCCAGAAAACACUUCCCUAGAAGUAAAAAAUAAGUACAAAGAAAUGGAGUCAAGACUUGAAUCCUUCUCCAACUGGCCAUUUUAUUGCAAAGAGAUACAGCCUGCUUUACUAGCUGAUGCUGGAUUUUUCUUUACAGGGAAAAAUGAUACUGUACAGUGUUUUUGCUGUAAUGGGUGGUUGAAAAACUGGGAAGAAACUGAUGAUCCUUGGCAAGAACAUGUGAAAUUUUACCCUCACUGUAAGCUAUCAAAUCCAGAAAGACGGAUAUCAUUGGAAAAUAGCAAAAUGCAACCAGAGGCCAAGUCACAGCAUGAAAAGGUAAAACAGGGUAGGAUUUGCAUAAAAGAUACAGUUCAGUGUUUUGCCUGUUCUGGGUGUCUGGGAAAUUGGGAAGAAGGUGAUGAUCCAUGGAAGGAACAUGCAAAAUGGUUUCCUGAGUGUGAAUUUCUUCAAAUGAAGAAGUCUAGAAAUGAAAUUAAACAGUAUAUUCAAAGUUAUUGUGGAUUUCUUGACGUUACGGGGAAGCAUUUUGAAGCAUCUGCCAGGAAAUGUUUACCUUCUGACCCAGACAUUGCUCUGGAUGAAUACGAAUGGCUGCAAAGAAAGCUCUCAGAGGCUUAUAAUGAUCUCAGUUUCAGGAAAACGUUUUCUUUUGGGGAUCACACUCAUUUUGCCCUUGACUUGAAAUUGCUUUACGGGGAUGUGGCCAUUGUCUCCAAGGACAUCAGUAACCAACCACAGCAGCAACUGACAUUGCCAGAGGUCCUGGAGAGCUUGCAUUCCAUUACAGUAAUAGAAGGAGAGGCAGGUAGUGGAAAGACCGCCUUGCUUCGGAAAAUAGCAAUUCUUUGGGCCUCUGGAUGUUGUCCAAUGCUCAGCAGAUUCAAGUUAGUUUUUUAUUUGUCCCUGAAUUCUGGGGAACGUGACCAAAGUCUGGCCGACCUUAUCUGCAGUCAGGUAAUAGGGCUUAAAGGGAUCUUGACUGAAGAUUCUCUGAAGAACAUAUGUCAAAAUUUAACUAGCGAGGCCCUGUUCCUUUUGGAUGAGUUUGACAAGAUGAAUGGGCUUCCCUGUGCAAUCGAAGAUUUGAUUCAAAAGAACUAUUUGAACAAACACUGCUUGGCUAUUGCAGUUCGUCCUCACCAAGUUAGAGGAAUUCGUCAACAUGCAAACACCCUUCUCAGUAUUUUGGAAUUCCCAUUAAGUAGCACCCUCUAUCUGUUAAGAAAACUAUUUUCUUACAACGUUCGGCUUUUGGGAGACUUUUUUAUUCAAUUGUCCUAUGAAGAGACCAUGCGUUCCAUGCUGAAGACUCCCCUUUUUGUUGCAGCCCUUGCCUCAUACUGGAUUCAGAAUCCCAGUGGCAAUAUAUUCACUGGUACGGUCAUUUUAAAAGCCUACAAGCUGUACAGCUUGUUGAAAUAUCCUCAAGAAGUCGAUCGCAUGACAGCCGUGAUGUCUGCUUGUGGUGAAUUAGCUUUACAAGGUCUCUUCAAAUCCCUUUUUAACUUCAGUGAGAAAGACCUGUCUGAAGUUGGAGUUAACGGGGAGGAAGCGCUCUACUUUGGAUUGCUGAGCAAGUUUACUGCUCAAAGGCUCCAGCCACUCUAUAAGUUCUUCCACCUUUCCUUCCAAGAAUUUCUUGCAGGACAAAAACUGUGUGAGCUCCUGGCUUCAGAUGUGCAGGCAGAUAUAAAUAAAGGCCUGGAAUACUUGCGGCAAAUUGACACAUUUGUGAAAAUUAAUGGGCGCUACCAAUAUAUUUUGAGAUAUGCUUGCAGUGAACCAUCCAAAGCAGUACCCAUAAUAAUAUCCCACCUACUGAACUUACUCAGCUGCAAGAAGCCACCUGAAAGCCAUUCAGAUAAUUCUAUUUAUUUGCAGCAAACUCCAGACCUUAAUUUAAAGCAAUAUCAGCUUAUCAGCGCAGCCUCUAGUUUGAUUCCAGAAUAUCAUCACUCACAAUUCACUGAAACUGUAUUGGUUUUUGCUACUGAGUUAGCCUAUCAAAGCAAUAUGGUUUCCGGUUGUGCACCUAUGAUUUUAGAGUUUCUGACUGGAAAAGAGCUUCCGUUAUAUUUGUUGAAAAGUGGAUCCAUCCAUAAAUUAUGUCUGGAUUAUCCAGAAAGUUUGUUCUUACCAAGUAGAUUUGUGCAAACGCUUGCAGGGAGGGAGGUAUCUAUAGAUAUGGCUGGAGCAGAAAGUGCUUUUCUCAACUUGAAUGUUCCAUCGGUUGAACCAAUAUACACUCAAGCUUUUCAACUCUUCAGUAAAGUUACUCAGCAACUAAAAGAAGACUUAGAUAAUAUUAAUAAUUUUAAGACCUAUACAUGCAGACAGAUUCCAGAUUCCAUAAUAACUCCAUUACUCUGUGUGAAAAGCUGUGAGAAGAUUCCAUAUCUGAAAUUUGCUGUCACACAUAUAACUUCCCUUGAAGCUCCUGAUGUUGAGAAUUUAAAAUUGCUCUUCUCAUUUUUUGAUAAUAUUGAACUGAAGUUGCAAAAUUGCAAAGGGCUCCUUGAGAAUAUAAAGACGGCUAUUGAAGAGAACUUGAAGUCUUUUAAAAUAUGCAGCUUAGAUAAUACUGAACUGAAUGAGCUGGAAGAAAACCUACUUCUUUCAAUGUCUUCACUUGAAUCCCUUGACGUUAAGUGGAGCGCUUCAAUACCAGUUUCAGAAACACUCUUUGCCAAUUUGGACAAAUACACAUUUUUAAAGGAACUGUCGUUGAAUCUAUCUGACUGCCAGAAUAUGUCUGAUACCAUCCCAGAGGGGUUCAAAAAUCUUCACAACAUUGAGAAAUUGAUUCUCUGCAAUGUUCGUUUUAAAACAAAUUCUGCCUGGCUCGUUGAACUCAUACAGAACUUUCCAAAUCUCUCUAUCUUCCAUUUGCAAAACACCAUUUUCUUUGGUAUGGGAGCUCUUAUGAAUGCAAUGUCUUCCUGCAAGAAGCUCACUGAAAUUCUACUCAAUGACUUGAAUGUUGGAGAUGACGAUCUGUAUGCCCUCGCUGCUGUUUUGCCAAAUUUUACAGCAUUAAAGAUACUGAAUCUCUCAAGAUUGCAUUUGGAAAACAAGGAAGCAUGCAGAGCAUUGGCAUUAGCUUUACGUUCUCUUAUAAAUUUGGAAGAGCUUGUUCUACCGAAUGGAGAAGGAGUAAGGCAUGCAGCUAAAUUGAUUAUUCAACAAUGUUUCCAUUUUCCAAAUCUUCGUAAGUUGGAGUUCAGUUUGUAUUUAAGUGCUGAAGGCCUGUUGGAAAUAGCAAAAGUAGCUGCUGAUGGAGGUUUUCAAAAACUUGCCUUUCUAUGCCUCUCAGUCAACCAUAAAAUUACUGAAGAGACUUGGAGGAAUUUCUUUCAAACGCUGUCCAACAUGCCAGACUUACAAAGUAUGGAUUGCAGUCGCCUUGUUACCCAUCAAAUCAAAUGCCAAGCAGCAACCAUGAAGUCUUUUGCCCAAUGUGUUUCUCGACUGCCCAACCUCAGGACAAUCACCAUGAUUGGCUGGUUGUUUGAUGAGAAGGAUCUCAACAUGUUUGAGAUUAUGAAAAAACAACAUCCCCAAUCAAAGGACUUAAUCUUAACUUGUAAAUUUAUAUUGCCAUUUGCACCUAUUAUUAAUGAAUAAAGUGGAAUGUAUCGUAUUUUUCGGAGUAUGACGCACCUAGAUUUUGGGGAGGAAAACAAGGGAAAAAUGUCUGCCUCUGCC